AUGAGUGAGAACUUCCCCCUCGCCCGUUGUAUCCUGAAUAUGCACCGGACGCCGCGGGGAACGAGGCGGCUCCUCUUGAGCAAUCGCCAAGAUCCCCCAGAGCCCAGUCCAACCUCCACCCUGAACCCAAAAGUCCCUAUCCCUCGAACGACACGUCCUAUCAACUAUACCAGCAGUGGCCGUGUCGGUCGUGCCUGCGAGAACUGUCGUGACCAGAAAGCCAAAUGUAGUGGCCAUCGUCCGUCCUGCCAACGGUGUCAGGAUGCUGGGGUACCAUGUUCCUACGGCGACCGGAAGCGCGAGAAGAUGCUCAAGCAGUUGGAUGAGUUUACUGCCCAGAUUAAUACCUACGAGGCUUUGUUGCGAGAUUUGUACCCGAGACUCGAGGCCUCGUUGGCCCAACACGUUGAUCAGACCCUCGGCCGCCAAUUAGUCAGGAGCCCUUCUAUAUCCUUUUCUGAUGGGGAAGCCUCGAGCUAUCCCUUGGGUAUUACAGAUCACACCGCAGAGGACUUCAACCGCGAUGAGAAAGCUCGAGCGAUGGGUUUUGUGGGUGAGCACUCGGAACUGGCAUGGCUAUACAAACUCAAGCGCGACCUCGACUGCGAAACCUCAACACCGGUCGGCGAGACCCCCGAUCGAGUAACCGUUUCCAUCUCAUCCCUGAACUACUUCCAGGACGACGCCGACAUUUCCAGCCUCGAUCACGUUGAACUAUCGAAACGACCCCCUCAACCUAUUGCUGACCAUCUUGUGGACAUCUAUUUUCAAACCGUCCACCCUGCGUUCCCUAUUAUUGGGAAAGGGGUCUUCCUAGGUCAAUACAGAUCCUUCUACACAAACCCGAACGUGCGACCUGGGAAGAGAUGGAUUGCUGUGCUCAACCUUGUGUUUGCAAUUUCAGCAAGGUACACCGUACUCGUUGGUGAUGGCCUUGAAGGAGACGGCGAUGACCACCUGUCUUAUUUUGCAAGGGCCUGGCGCCUGAGCAUGGAUAAUGUCGCGCUGUUGGAUCAUCCGAACCUGCAGCAAGUGCAAGUAGAAGGCUUGACUGCCUUCUAUCUCCUUUCUACUGGUCAAGUCAACCGAUCAUGGCGAAGUAUUGGAAUUGCGAUUCAAUCUGCGGUGGCAAUGGGGCUGAACCUCCGUAGCGAGACUGGAAGUGUUGCACAAGUCUCGAAAGAGACUCGAUACCGUGUGUGGUGGGCACUGUUCAUGUUGGAUACGGUGCUUUGCGUGAGGACCGGCCGCCCGCCCAGCACCGACGUGGCCUUUUGCACGACACCAUUGCCAAUACCCUAUAUCGAGGAGGACUUUGGAGUUCAAGGAAUUGUUCAAAUUAUUGACAAUUUGUCCAUCCGAAAUAAUUUGAUGAAUUCUCUGUUGACCUCCGCCGGUGACACCCCUUCCGCCAGCGAAGCCUCGACCGACCCUGCCUACUUCUCGAAAACCAGCCCACGGAAAGGAAAGGAAGCGGAAAAGACAUUGAUGGACCUGAAUGAUACUAUUAGGCCGAAUAUCUCUCUAUCUUUUCUAUACGGAGUGGACCUGGAUAUUCUCAUGAGAGAAGCUAUUCGGUCUUUGUACGCCCCUGGCGCAACGAAGCGAUCCUGGAUGGAAAUGGAGAUUGCAAUCUCUCACCUCAACACGAACGCUGACAAGUGGCUCUCCCGCCUCCCAGCAGAGUUUCAUUUCACAAAGCUAGACGCCACCGCUACCGAUCCUUUUAUUCGUCAACGUGCCGACCUUGGGUUUCGCUUCUACAAUACCAAACUUGUCAUCUCCCAGCCCUGCCUUCGUCAUCUUGCCUACCAAGCCCCCGCCACGAGUCCUGGUGGAGCUCUUUGUGGUACGAUGGCAGCCAUGUGUGUGCAAAUGGCAUGCAAAAUGCUCGAUAUGCUCCCCACCGAGCCGGACGCGACGUGGCUAUACGAAGUCUCUCCCUGGUGGUGUGUCCUACACUACAUCAUGCAAUCAACGACCGUCCUUAUGACUGAGCUUUUCGCCCGUACAACACCUGGGAGCUCCGAGGCCGCCAACUUGGUCAAAAAAAUCCAGAAAGCUACUCAAUGGCUCCUCGAGAUGUCCACCAAGGAUUCCUCCUCGCACCGAGCCUGGCUUGUCUGUAUGGACAUCCUCACUCGCCAUGGCGAGAAGUUCUCUAUUAAAAUUGACCGCAGUCUCUAG